CUGAUUUAUUUUUAUAUCUUUAAGCAAUAGCGAAGAGGCAUUGGGCGGAACAUGUUGCCUUAGCAAUAUCUGAUGAGGUAAAGGUUAUUUUUGUUAAACAGUAUAUUUUUUCUAAGCUGAUUCAUAUCAUUGAACAUCAUGAAUACAUUUCUUAAAAAUUACAAUUGUCCCCUCAUUUCCCCAUACCUAAGCAGAACAGAAAGUAUUUUUCCAUACCUGAGCAGAACAGAAAGUAUUUUCCCAUACCUGAGCAGAACAGAAAGUAACUUAAUCAAAUUAAAUGUCAAACUUGUGGUCACCAGCUGGCCCUUGAGAAACUGCACAAUGGUUAAUAUAGUUUGCUAUUAGCUCUCUAUUUUUCUGUACCUCUAUUCAUCUUAACUAAAUGUCAUUUGGGUUCAUAGUCCAUGAGCAGGAGAUAUUUACAGCACUUUGAGAAAUAUUGAGUAAUUUGCCUCCUUAAUGCAUUUACCUGUCUUAACGUUCUUCUUAUUUUCCAUUUUCCACUAUUUCUUACAUCUAAAGUCUGUCCUUUCAAUCUCUUCAUAAGACCCCUUUAGUAAAAAGAAUGUCUGCAAUAAGAGAGGGAGUAAUAGUAGUGGGAAAACAGCGGGGGUUUUAAGAGAGGUUUCUUUAGGAGUGGAUGUGGCAAUAGAACUAAGAGAAAAUGGAAUUUGAGACUUUUGAGCCAGAUCAAAUUUCAAUAUAUCAUUGCCAAUUAGCCUCUUGGAGAGUUUGUUGUUAGUCACAAACACAAUGACUCCUGUGACCAGAGGAACAAUUAUAAACAUUAUGGCAAGAAAAAAAAAUAAAAUAUGAGGGUACGAUGUGUUCCACCCUUUCUUUCCCCCAGCUGGAACUUUGUCAAGCAGCACUGGAGGUUGGUUGGGCUUUGCCAGGAUUCACCACCUGCAGCUGCAUUUUCUCUCCCCUAACAGUAUGCGAAGUGACAGUGUCAGCAGAAGAGCUCACUUUCUCCAGAAUGCCCAUCUGCGAGCACAUGGCAGAGCCUCCAAAUUGUCCCCAGACACCUAAUCUCAUCUGUGGCACUGAUGGGGUCACAUACAACAAUGAAUGCCAUCUCUGCUUGACCCGUAUAAAAACCAAAAAAGACAUCCAGAUCAUAAAGGAUGGAAAAUGCUGACCCCAAAGGAGUGCCUUGAGCCAUAAAGGUUUAAGCUGAAGAACAGUAGUGAGCAGGAAGAUAUGAUGUAAAAUAAAAGAUCAGCCCAAUCGGGGAUGUGGACCAGUGUCUUCGGGGAGUUGGGAGGUGGUUGCAGAUCUUGCACUGUCUGCCCUGCUCUGAAUCUGAUGUGCAGCUCGUCCUUCCUUCUGAUCCUCCUCAACCCUGUCACAUGUCCCCUCAGAGGUCCGUUAUCUUCUGCCUAUUUGAGAGGUCAUCCCCUGACACCAGAACAUUUCCCCCAGUGCUCUUGCCCGCCCUGGCCUGCACUAUUAGGACAAGAAUCUGGAUGAGAUCAAUGUCCUCUGGGUGUAUGGUUCAGCCUCACCCAUGCCCUUCAUGGCUUCCUGCUAGGCUGUCCCAGCACUCGGAGCAUUCACACACAGCUAAACACAGCGACUUCACACAGGCCCAGCAGGUAUUCAGGCUGUUGUAUACAGCACAGUUGAAUGGCUUACUGUAAUAUUGAACUAGGUCUUUAAUAUUCAAAACCAAAAGCUUCUCAAAGCCCUUUGAGUGCCCUCCUCACCCCUUGGCCACUCAGAUUGUCACCUGGAAACCCUGCAUCUAGGGUUAACUAACUCCUGGCACAGCAAGACUUCCAGCCCUCCACUGCUUUCUAAGUCAGCAUCGACUGGCUGAUUGACGUUAGAACAACUCCAGGAACACACGGCACACAUGCACUCACACAGUGCCCCAUGGGGACCCACAGCAUCCAGAAAUCCCAUGAGACCCACAGUCGUGGUAUAUGCCAAAUAUCCUGUCUUUUGGCCAAAGCCUGUAGGAGGAGCCCUAAGUAACAGUGUGUGUGUAGAGGCCUGGCCACGUGGGAGCAGUUUCACACAACUCAGAUUUCUGCCCCAGGGAGUAGAACAAGUAGGGAAUGAUAUGGGAAAACAUACAACAUCAAAGAGGAAAGCAGGCAGGGAAGGAAGGAGCCAACAUUCCCGCGACCACUAAAAUGAGAACACCAGAAGGAACUGUUGCUGAUAGAUUCACAAAUGACAGGGACUAGAUCAUCUACAAGCCCAUCAGCACUAUUGAUAAACCUGCUUCCUACCUGCAUAUGAAUGAUGUAGGAUUAAGUUUGGCUGCUAGAGACAUAAAACUAAAACAGUAGUGGCUAAAGCAAAUAGAAAUUAAUUUCUCUAACAUGGACCUAUGCACCUAUAUUGUGACUCUGCCAUCCUCAUAACACCUUCUACCUCGAGGUCUAAAGCAGCUGCUCCAAUUCCAGCCGUCACAUCUAUAUUCCAGACCACAGAGAGAAGGAAACAACAUACCACCCAGCCUUGAAGACACUUGUAAGAUAUAUAUACUCUGUUCAAAUCCCAUUGGCUAAAAUAAUUCUUGGUCAUGCUGGAGCAAGGAGAUUGGGAAAUACCAUCUUUAUCUGUAUUAAACUAAAAACUAGUUCACUUACUGGAGAAGAAAACAGAUAUUGGUGACAUGUGAAAGUCUUUACCCAAAGUGGGAAGCCCCUCUUAUACCCAAGUGGCAUACAGCACCCAAGUAUCUCCUUUGUGACCCUUCACUCCCAAGCUUCUACUCAUAUGCUAAGGAGUCACAAAAAUUAAACCUGAACAAUGUGCCAGACAGUCCACUGGAAGAAACACUUGACUCCCCACUUAUAUAGAUGUGAACCAUUCUAAAACCUCAGCGUGGGCUUCUCAAGGUCAUGUCUGGGUAUGCAACCAUGCUGCCCUGGCCGUUGCUGACCGGCCAGAAGUCUUCCCUGGGCUCCUCAAAUUGGAAAUAAGGAAGCAGAGGCAGUUCUUCUCUCACAUGGAGCUGGAGGGUGCACUACAUGAAGACCACAGCAACCAUGCUUCCUAUUCUGUGGAAGAAGCAGAAACUGACUGGCAAGGACAUGUGCAGAGAUGAGACAGGGACAGCGACUCUGCAAAACGUUUCAGUUUCUGAAACCCAGCUGUCCCUAAGGUUCCCAAAGUGACAUGAGGUAACCGGAUAUCCUGCCCAUAAAUUUUCUUUUUUUUUUUUGCAUAUUAGCGAUGGAUUUUUAUUUGAAAACAACUUAAAUUUUUAGACAAAUGAUUUUAGUAUAUGUUUUAUUUUGUUUUUACAUAGAAUACAAAGAUUUCCCUCAUUAAUCUUCCAUGUGAAGGGUACGAUAGGGUGGAAGGAAAAUACAGUUUGCACACAAGUGUGUACCUUUUGUGUGCAGCACUGAAAACGAACAGUGUAGUGCUCCU